AUGGGAAACAUCACAGAGGACCCCGUCGAGUCCAACGUCACCGGCUGUACCAUCGACCACACCAUACACCAGACGCUGUUCCCCGUGGUGUACAUCACCGUCUUCGUCGUCGGCCUUCCAGCCAACUGCUUGUCCCUGUACUACGGCGUCCUGCAGAUCAAGGCCAGGAACGAGCUGGGGAUAUACCUGUGCAACCUAACAGCGGCCGACCUCCUCUACAUCUUCUCUCUGCCCUUCUGGAUCCAGUACGUCCUGCAGCACGACAACUGGACGUACAACGAGGCGAUGUGCCGGAUCUGCGGCAUCCUCCUGUACGAGAACAUUUACAUCAGCAUCGGAUUCCUUUGCUGCAUCUCGGUGGACCGCUACCUGGCGCUGGUCCAUCCCUUCAGGUUCCUUCAUCUCCGGACGAUGAAGGCGGCCGCCGUGGCCAGCUCCGUCAUUUGGCUCAAGGAGAUCAUGACCAGCUACUUCUUCUUCAAGCACGGAGAGUUCAGUAAAGAUCCCGACAGCCACGUCGUGUGCUUUGAGCAUUACCCCAUGAAAACAUGGGAGCACAGCAUUAAUUACUAUCGCUUCCUCGCCGGAUUCCUUCUCCCCCUCUUCCUGCUGCUCUUUUCCUACUGCUGCAUCUUUAAGGUGGUCCGGAAGAGCCAAGGAACUCAGACCAAGAAGAAACUCCAGAUCAAGCACUUGGUUCUCAGCACCGUCCUCAUCUUCGUGGUCUGUUUUGGGCCGUACCACGUCUUGGUGGUCAUCAGAAGCUUGUUCGAGAAAGACUGCGGGUUCGCCGCGAGCAUAUUCAACUUUUACCACAUUUCUUUGCUGCUCACCACCUUCAACUGCGCGGCGGAUCCGGUGCUGUACUGCUUCGCCAACGAGAACACGUACAAAGACUUCGUCAGGCUGAAAGGUUCUUGCUUGGCUCUGUCGCGGUGCCAGAAGGCAGCGAAGGGCUCCUACGAACUGAAUCGCGUGGAGACGACUAGCGAAGACAUCUGCAGGUCAAAGCCCGCGCCGUCUAAGAGCGAGACUUCUGUGCUGUGCGAGAACAAAGUUUCUGUUACCGAGUCACGUGGAACCGGAGCUGUCCACGGACAAAGGUCUGACUGUUAA